AUGGCAUCAGCCAGGUUGCUCGUCCGGGGACCUGGUGAUGGAAGAGGUCGCAACAUAGUACCGUUUCAGCGAGUUUCAGUCUGCGGUAUUCAUGUUACUGGGGUGCCAUUUGAUGAGUUGGUGCGUUCUGCUGAACUGUUAAUAAAUGCUCUCAACCUUCGCCGCAAUUACAUGGAUAUUUCUCACCAAUCAUUCCCGACUGGUCUCGCAUAUUAUUUGGACCAUCACGAAGCACCCCCCAGACCAACUUUUAAACAGAGCUCGGUAGACUAUGGUGGGGCUGUGCUUAAGUUUGAUAGUGCAAAGGCAGACCAGUAUAUAAAAUUAUCGACAUGCUCCUCCGAAGAACUGUGCAAUGCGAUCCCAUUGAGGGAACAUGAGAGCCGAUCUGAACAUCAUAUGCAUAUGACUGGAACCAUAAUGACAAUUAAAGCCGGUACUCAUCGCGAGUCUUGUGAUAGUCAGGAGGACUUGGAUCGCUUUUUAAAAGCAUCUGAUGCCUGGACAUGUUAUGUGCCGCCUGACAGCAAGUACCUCUAUCGUUGGGAACGUGGUGUGGUCCAAAUAUACCGGAAUGAAGAGGACAUGAUAGCACGACACCCGCUUAAUUACCGGAAUGUUACCUUUGUUAAGUAUGUGGAGGAUUUGUCGCGUCUCUCAGACAUGAUCGCUGAUGGUCCACUCAAAUCGUUCUGUUAUCGUCGCUUGAGUUACCUGUCUUCGAAAUUUAAAAUGCAUGUUCUUCUAAAUGAACUGCACGAGUUGGCAUUACAGAAGGCAGUUCCACACCGUGAUUUUUAUAAUAUUAAAAAAGUAGACACACAUAUUCACGCAGCAUCAAGCAUGAACCAGAAGCACCUUCUGCGUUUCAUCAAAAGGACACUGCGCAGCUGUGCUGAUGAAGUAGUAGCAGUUCAUAGAGGAAUUCCUAAGACCCUAAGAUCUGUGUUUGAAGAGAUGAACCUAGAUGCUUACGAUUUGAAUGUUGACCUACUCGAUGUCCAUGCGGACAGAAACACAUUCCAUCGCUUCGAUAAAUUCAACGCUAAAUACAAUCCCGUCGGUGAAAGCAGAUUGAGAGAAGUCUUUCUCAAAACCGAUAACUAUAUGAAUGGGACAUAUUUCGCGAGGAUAAUCAAGGCUAGUAAAAUCAUCACAUCACAUUUUCUCAUCAAUGGCCAGCGGGAGGUAAUAGCAGACUUGGAAGAGAAUAAGUACACAUACGUGGAGCCCCGCAUCUCCAUCUACUGUAAGAGUAUGUCCGAAUGGAGUAAACUUGCAUCAUGGGCCCUGCGCAAUGAUGUCCACUCUUCCCAUGUGCGGUGGUUGGUGCAAGUGCCUAGACUGUAUGACAUCUACCGCAUCAACAACCUGCUGAACAACUUCCAGGAGUUUCUGAACAACCUCUUUGAUCCACUUUUCCAAGUAUCAGUCAACCCACAAUCGAAUAUUGAACUUCACAAAUUUUUAACGCAUGUGAUAGGUUUUGACAGCGUGGACGACGAAUCAAAGCCAGAGAAUCCAAUUCUUAGCGAAAACAUGCGAAGUCCAGACGAAUGGAAUGAUGAAGAGAAUCCACCAUACGCUUAUUACCUGUACUAUAUGUAUGCCAAUAUGGUUACUCUGAACCAACUAAGAAAAGAGCGCGGUUUAAACACCUUCGUGCUUCGCCCCCAUUGCGGGGAAGCUGGACCUCCGUCUCAUCUAAGCGCCGCAUUUUUGCUGGCUGAGAAUAUUUCACACGGGCUUAUAUUAAGAAAGGUGCCAGCUCUUCAAUAUGCUUAUUAUUUAGCCCAAAUCUACAUCGCCAUGUCGCCACUCAGUAAUAAUUCACUCUUCCUGAGAUACCAUCGGAAUCCGUUGCCGGAAUAUUUUGAGCGCGGACUCAAAGUUACACUUAGCACUGACGAUCCACUGCAGUUCCAUUACACAAAGGAGCCCCUGAUGGAAGAAUACAGCGUAGCGACGCAAGCAUGGAAAUUGAGCACUUGUGAUAUGUGUGAACUUGCUAGGCAUUCUGUCAUCAUGUCUGGGUUUCCAGAUGAGAUGAAACAACACUGGUUAGGACCAAAUUAUAAACGGGAGGGGCCGGAAGGUAAUGACAUCACUCGCACUAAUAUACCGGACUUGAGACUCGCGUAUCGACACGAAACUCUACUUGACGAGCUCGAUAAUCUCUUCAAGGGUGUAACGUGA